CUGCUCGAAGCAGCGUGAUGACGUGUCCACACCUUUAAUUUUCACACGUGAGGUUAUUUAGAAGUUAAUGAGCGUCUCGCGCUGUCUGACGGGGUGAAAGCAGGUAAACCUUUCAUGGAAAAUCAUCGUAAGCCGUCGGCUUUACGUGUUGUAAAAAAUCCAAAAGGACACAAUGAGUGAUACAGAACAGCAAAAAGAAGCAGAAAAGGUUUGUGAGCCUGAGUGGCCGGAGAAUGGAGAUGCGUGGAGUGACGCAGAGAAUGAGACGAGCAUGGACUGUGAGCUUCUGCAGGCCAUGGCCGAGGAUGAUGAAGAGAUAAACGUCUACAAUGAGGAGACGUUUGGGAUGGAUCUUGAUCCACAUGGGACAACAGACAACCUAGGUAGCAGCAGUAUUCCGUUUGGAGAACCACUGCCUCAGACGCCACAACCGGCACCUCCGUCUCCCCUCAGAGCCCACUUUUCCCCUCUCAGACAGAAUCCACAAUGUCUGCCUCAGGCUUCCCCUUGGCUUCGCAGCAGAGGCAGGGGACGAAGGGGAGGACCAGGCCGGCAGCAGAUGUUUGAAGACCCAGCUGUGAUGAGGAUAGUGGAGGGAAGACGGAGCCUCAUGAGCCUUGACAGCUCCAUAGUGGACUGUGGGCAUGCCUUAUGCCGGAACACCUUUGAGGACAAUAGGAUGAUGCCCUCGUUUGGAAAAACCAGGAGAGUUUCAGGAUCGAUCCUUCAGGACAACGCUAUAGUGUGUGUGAUUGGUCACAGAGGCAGAGGUCAGCACGUAAACUCCGGCUUCCUGGAUAUGCCAUAUCCAAUCUCCUCCUUCCGAGGUGCGAGAGGGGAACCCAGAGGAUCCUACACCAGAAGACAUUUUGGCCAAAGAGGGCCUUCUCAGAUAUAUGCACCCAUUGUACCAGGAUCCCCCAUCUUCUCACGUCAACCACUGACCCCUCGACAUUUCAAUCAGACAGGGGGCUUGAUGUUUCCUCCAACCCGCCCUUGCCCCUCCACGCCUCAACCACUUACUCCAAAGAUGAUGCAGCUUCGAUUUGGUGCCAACUCGCCAAGACCAUCCCCAUUUUACAGCCCUUCUUCUAAUCCAGUGCAGUCCUUCCGGUAUCCCGGUCCAGUCACACAACUCCAUCCUCAACAUAAACGACUACUCAGUCAAAAACGGCAUUUAUUCCAAAGAAAGUCAGAAGGCUGUGACCCUUACUGUGAUCUCAUGACGGCUAAAGAGAAGGAGUGGAUCACGCGUUUGCAAAUGAUCCAGCUGCAAAGUGAGAAUCCAUACCUCGAGGACUACUAUUACCAGGAGUAUUAUCGUCGAAUAGAAGCGAAAAUGGCCGAGGAAGAGCUGGGCAUCAGGAGCAAAAGAGAACCACCUAAACUCACCACACCUUACAUCACAAAGACCGACGCCUACACACCAGUGGUGCACAUUGAAGGCUCUUUGGGUCAAGUUGCUGUGUCCACAUGUUACUCUCCUCGCCGGGCAAUCGGUGCAGUUCAUGCAGUCCAAGCUCAUGGUCCAUUCGAGGAACAAAAAGACACCAGACAAGACCGGCUAGAGGUCCUCAACAAAAUAGAAAAGUUUUUCAUAGCUCUGCUGGAGGUGGAGGAAAUGGAGAGGAUGAAAACCGCUAUACUGUCUGAGGCCGAAGAGAGGAAGUUGAUAGAGAGAACCCAGAGGAAAGCAGAGCUUAUCUACUCCCAGCUGCAAAACCACAAAUCUACAGAUUCAGGAGAGGAGUUUCUUCCUUUCCUGCUCAUCUCAAAAGGUAAAAAGCUCCUCACCCGCCUGCUCCCGUUCCUGAAACAUGAUUCGGCACGAAAAAUCUUGGACGUUGUGACCUGCAACCUUCCGACUUUAAUGAGCAGAGACGCAGAGGAGGCCCUUCCAGUGCUCUACCCACCACUUCGGGAUGUGAUUGGUAGCCUGACGUUCAGUCAGCUUAUCGGUGUCCUCAAAAGUCUGUUAUCAUCAUCAUCAGAGUCUCUGGCAACAUACGAGUGUCUGUCACUGGCAUGCCAGAACAAGUUUGGCUUGUCCUUGCUGUAUGCUCUUCUGUCACAUGGAGAGAAGCUGCUAUCCUCGAGCGUUCCUCUUGAGCCCAGCCUUGGUGACUUUGAGACUUGGACCGACAUAAUAUUCCAGGUGGCAGGAGAGCUGUCCCAAUGUUCUCUUGUGGAGCCACUUGUUAUGCCUUCAAACCUGCUCACACUCUUCUGCCGCUACCUGGACAAGCGAACUGUACACCAGCUGAAAAGCAACAUGGAGUCUGCAACUGGAUUCCUGGCUCUUCCAUCCUAAGGAAGAUGAUGUCUAAUCACAUGUACAGUUGACCAGGUUGUGGUGAGCACUAGACGGAAAGAAGCAGAAGCACAAAAACAUCAGCCAUUUGUAACAGAAGCUAUCAUGACCUGACCUUUUCCGUUCUGAGUCUUUACUAUUCCCCAAUCCCUCACAUUUUUGCACCUCAAACUGUUUCCCUUUUUAUUUCCUUUAUGUGAUUGUUUUACUUUCCUCCCUUUGGUCUCCACUUGACUCAGUGUUAUUCUGAACCUUUUUUUUUUUUUUUUUUCUUUUUACUUUUUAUAACUUCCAUAAAAGCCUUAUUCAUGUCCUCACAUUUAUAGUAAUUACCAUUUAAUUUCUACUGAAAUUCCAGGCUGAUCAAUUUAAGUGUGGUUUGUCAGAUAUGGUGACCAGGUUAAGGAUUGUGUUGUAAUUUAUGAUUGUACAGCUGAAUUCAUAUGUUUGUUAUAAUAACCAUUGAAGGAAGUUGUCAUGGUUCAAUGCAUGCCAUGCAAUUUUGGGUUAUUUUGUAAAAAGGCAUGCAUUGUGUAUACAUAUGUAGUAAUGUUAUAUAAGAUGUAUUUGAUGUAAUUUGUCCAUCUUAAAAGUUUUGAGUUAAGAUUUUUAUUUAUUGUAUUAAUUUGGAAACAGGUAUAAUUUAAAUUACACCCUUGUAGAGCACUUGCAACAUGAAUAAAAAAAGUUAAAUUAC